AUGGAGCUGGGAGUAUCAGGGACUCUACUUCUUGCGCUGUUGGUCAGUAUUGUCCUAUAUUUUGUCACAUGGAGGAGGAAUCUACGUAAGAAAAAUAUGCCCCCUGGACCCCCACCACUGCCCGUACUGGGCACCAUGCUGCAUGUGAGCACUAAAGAACUGCCCGCGUCUCUGAUGAGGCUGAGUGAAACCUACGGCCCAGUGUUCACCAUUUACCUGUCCAGUGCACCUGCAGUAGUCCUGGUAGGUUAUGACUGCGUGAAAGAGGCUUUGAUAGACAACGGGGAAAUGUUCAGUGCCAGAGGUCCCACAGAACUCGGGGAUCUGCUCUUCAACGGUUAUGGAGUGAUAUUGACCAACGGUGAGAGAUGGAAACAGUUACGCAGGUUUUCACUUUCUACCCUGAGAAAUUUUGGAAUGGGGAAGAGAAGCAUUGAAGAACGUAUACAAGAGGAAGCGAGCUACUUGGCAGAAGAAAUGAAGAAGAAUGAAGACACUCCAUUUGACCCAACAUCUCUGUUGACCCUGGCUGUCUCCAAUGUUAUCUGCUCAGUAGUAUUUGGAGAACGUUUUGACUAUGAAGAUACCAAAUUUAGGACACUUCUCACCUUGCUGAAAGAAAUUACUCUACUCAUGUCAUCUAUUUGGGGAAUACUUUUCAAUAUCUUUCCCAAGACUCUCUCCUUUCUUCCUGGACCCCACCAAAAGAUAUUUACAAAUCUAGACAAACUGAAAGAAUUUGUUGCAGAAUCUUUGGAAAGUCACAAGGCGACACUUGACCCAAACUGUCCUCGGGACUUCAUUGACUGCUUCCUAAUAAAGAUGGAGGAGGAAAAGAGCAACGUGAAUACUGAAUUCCAUUUGGAUAAUCUAUGUGGUACCGUGAGCGACCUCUUCUUUGCUGGCACAGAAACAACAAGCACAACCCUGAAAUAUAGUCUCCUUUAUCUGCUCAAAUACCCAGAUGUGCAAAGAAAAAUUCAUGAGGAGAUGGAUCACGUGAUUGGCCAAAGUCGAUGUCCCUCGGUAGAGGAUCGAGUCCGGAUGCCUUACACAGAUGCUGUCAUCCAUGAGAUUCAGAGGUUUGCAGACAUCGUACCUUUGUCACUUCCACACGCAGCUAUUCGAGACACCACAUUCCGAGGAUAUCAUAUUCCUAAGGACAUUGUAGUUUUCCCCAUGCUGACAUCUGUCUUGAAGGACCCUAAAUGUUUUAAGAAUCCGAAACAAUUUGAUCCCACAAACUUUCUGAAUGACAAUGGCAGCUUCCAGAAGAACGAAGCCUUUGUGCCUUUCUCACUAGGUAAAAGAAGUUGCAUUGGAGAAAGUAUGGCACGAAUGGAAAUAUUUAUUUUUAUUACUACCAUAUUACAAAGAUUUAACCUGAGAUCAGAAGUAGCCCCAGAGGAUCUUGAAAUCACCCCAGAACCAAAUAAAAAUGGAGCAGUACCGAGAACCUACAAGAUGCAUGUGACACCCAGAUGACUGAAGCGUUUCUAGGCGACCUAUCCUUGUUUUUUUAGUACUUUAACAAUUGUGAUAAAUUACAGGAUGUUUCUUAUAAUAAUAAUUUUCCAGAAAUGGAGAACUUAUA